GUACCCGUUUCAGUUUCACGAACUCUGUCAUCGUUUAUAAAUGUAAAAAAAAUCUCAAACUUUCUCUUUCUUGACUCUCUCUCCUAAAAAUGUCUCGAUUGCUCUCAAAAACCCUAAUUCCCAACGGAAGAUUCCUCCUCCGUCGUUUCAACGAGCCGGCGAUUACGACACCACCAAACGUCGUCUGUUUCAGCCGCCGCUUUUCAUCCAUCCCACAAGUCAUCGAGCUUGAAAUCGAUUCUAAAAACGAAGCGGAAGCAGCAAUUCUCAAAAAGCUAAACGAAUUCGUACGAAGGAUCAUCGUUCAUAAUUCGACUCCAGAUUGGCUUCCUUUUGCACCUGGCUCUUCCUUUUGGGUACCUCCUCAUCAGAUUACGGCUACAAAGAUCGCCAAUUUGGUCGAUAAGGUGACUAAUCCGUUGACGGAGGAAGAGUCUCUUUCGCUUUCGUCUCCUUAUGGUUGGCCUUGUUCCUCUUUCUUCAUUCCUCCUCCAGAUGGUUCCUCAUCUACACAAGAGGAAGAAGCUAGCGUGGAGUUGAAAAUCCCGGGGAAUGAGAUGUUGGAAGUGAAGCUAGCACAUUAUCCAGAUCCUAUUUACUCUUUUAAACCUGAAGAUGGUGAAGAGUGAUUCGAUACCUUUUCCAGCACGAGAGAGCAGGACAGGAUUGGAAAAAACAGAUGACGAUCGAAACUCAAGCAGUUUGUACAUACAGUUGAAAACCAUGGGAGUUAUAUGAUCUUUGGGUGACUUUAUACACCUUGUUUACUAUGUUUUAUAAUUGACUUAAUAUAAUUAGCUUGGGGGCUUCUUCCACUUGCCAGAGUUUAUGGUGAUGCUCGGGUAACUUGACAAUUUCAUUUAUAAUGACAAUUCUUCCCUUUGACACUUGACCUAAGUGCAUAUAAAUAAUGUCUUGGCAUACAUAUUAUUCAGCAACCAUUUGCAAGUAAGAUUAAUGUAUUUAUUGAGACACAAAAGCAAAUUGAAUACAAAUUUAUUCUUCUUUUUCUACUCUGAAGAAAUUCACUACCUUGCUCGAGGAACCAUCUCGGUGUCUAGAUUCACUAAGUGUGCUCG